UGAGGAAGCCGGAGGAGGUUUCGAAGGAGGAGUAUUGCUCUUUCUACAAGAGCCUUACCAAUGAUUGGGAAGACCCUCUUGCUUGGAAGCAUUUCGCUGUGGAAGGCCAGCUCGAGUUCAAGUCAAUCCUCUUCUUGCCUAAAAGAGCACCUUUUGAUCUGUUUGACACGAGGAAGAAGCCGAACAACAUCAAGCUUUAUGUGCGCAGGGUGUUUAUAAUGGAAAAUUGUGAGGAGCUGAUGCCGGAGUACCUUGGAUUUGUGAAGGGCGUUGUGGAUUCUGAUGAUCUGCCGCUCAACAUUUCGCGUGAGAUGCUGCAACAGAACAAGAUUCUCAAGGUGGUUAGGAAGAAUCUGGUGAAGAAGUGCCUCGAGAUGUUCAAUGAGGUUGCAGAAAAUAAGGAGGAGUAUACUAAAUUCUAUGAGGCUUUCUCGAAGAACCUCAAGUUGGGUAUCCAUGAGGACAGCCAGAACAGGGCAAAGCUGGCUGAUUUGCUCAGGUACUACUCCACCAAAAGCACUGAUGAGAUGACCAGCUUUAAGGACUAUGUCACGAGGAUGAAGGAAGGCCAGAAGAACAUAUACUACAUUACCGGUGAGAGCAAGAAGGCUGUCGAGAACUCGCCGUUUCUGGAGAGGCUUAAGAAGAAGGGAUAUGAGGUGUUGUUUAUGGUUGAGCCGAUUGAUGAGUAUGCUGUUGGACAGUUGAAGGAGUAUGAUGGGAAGAAGCUUGUGUCUGUAACGAAAGAAGGGCUUCAGCUUGAGGAUGAGUCGGAAGAGGAGAAGAAGCAGAGAGAGGAGAAGAAGAAGUCGUUUGAGAAGCUGUGCAAGAAGACCAAGGAGUUUCUUGGGGAUACGGCGCAGAAGGUGGUGGUUUCUGACAGAGUUGUCGACUCACCUUGUGUCUUGGUGACCGGAGAGUAUGGGUGGACAGCUAACAUGGAGAGAAUUAUGAAAGCUCAGGCUUUGAGGGACAACAGCAUGGGAGCAUACAUGUCUAGCAAGAAGACUAUGGAGAUUAAUCCAGACAAUCCUAUAGUGGAGGAGCUGAGGAAGAGGGUCGAGACUGAUGAGAAUGACAAGUCGGUGAAGGACAUUGUGCUGCUGCUCUAUGAGACCGCUCUGUUGAGUUCGGGGUUCAGCCUUGAUGAUCCCAACAGGUUUGCUGGGAGGAUUCACAGGAUGCUGAAACUGGGUCUCAGCAUUGAUGAAGAUGAUGACCCUGAACUAGUUGAUGAUGUCGACAUGCCUCCAUUGGAGGAGAAUAAGGUUGAGGAAAGCCAGAUGGAAGAAGUUGACUGAGAAACACUCUUUUUGUUAGACCU